UACAGGGAUUAUAUCCCGUUUGGAAAACGGAAGGUCGUUUUGCGCGGUAACUCCGAACUUCCGCUCUCCCGUUUCCGGUGUGGAGUGAGUUUUGUCUUUGACACGGUCAGGCGUGGUCGCGCUCUUCGCCUGGUGUGACCCUCUCGCCAGAGUCUUUUUGGCUGACGAGUGACUAUGCCUAAUAUAAAAAAGUCGACAGGAAAAAGAGGCCCAAGAAAACGGAAACUUGCAGAAGAAUUUCCUCCUGGAGAAGUUUUUACUGACCUUUUAAAGAAAAAAUGGAAGCUUGGUCCAGUUAUAGGCAAAGGUGGUUUUGGCUGUCUGUACCUUGCUGAUGUUAAUUCAUCUGAAUCAGUCACCAGUGAUGCACCCUAUGUUAUAAAAGUGGAGCCCAGGGACAAUGGACCACUUUUCACUGAGUUAAGUUUCUACAUGCGAGCUGCUAAACCUGAACUAAUUAAAAAAUGGAUUUCUUCUCACAAACUGAAAUAUUUAGGCGUACCAAAAUAUUGGGGUUCUGGUUUGCAUCAAAAGAAUGGCAAAAGUUAUAGAUUUAUGGUGAUGGACAGAUUAGGGAAAGAUCUUCAGAAGAUAUUUGAAGAACAAGGAAAGCAGUUUUCACGCAAAACAGUGUUACAGUUGGGAUUGAGAAUACUUAAUGUUUUGGAAUAUAUUCAUGAACAUGAAUAUGUACAUGGAGACAUCAAGGCCUCGAAUCUUCUCCUGGGCCACGACAUUCCAAAUCAGGUGUACUUGGUAGAUUAUGGCCUUGCUUUUCGAUACUCUCCAGAAGGCAAUCACAAGGAUUACAAAGAAAACCCCAAACGAUGUCAUGAUGGAACUCUUGAAUUUACUAGUAUUGAUGCACACAAGGGAGCGACUCCAUCAAGACGCGGUGACUUGGAAAUUUUGGGUUAUUGUAUGAUCUGCUGGCUUAGCGGUAGUCUGCCUUGGGAAGAUAAUCUGAAAAAUCCAGAUUAUGUCAAAGAGUCGAAAAUUAGGUAUACAGAUAACAUUUCAGACUUCAUGUUGAAAUGUUUCACUAAAGAAGACAAGCCGGAUGAAAUAGCCAGGUAUAUGGAAAAAGUGAUGGCUCUGUCCUACACUGAAAAACCACCCUACCAGGAAUUACGAGAAAUAUUUCUUCAAGGUCUGCAAGACAUUGGUCACAAAGAUGAUGGCAUACUGGAUUUUGAAGUUUCAUUGAAUGGCGAUGUUCCAGCAAAGCCUAAGACAAAAAGAAAAUUAGUUGCUGCAUCAGGGACAGCUACUGCUGAGGAGGACAAUGCUGAAAUAGCUGUUGACAGUGUGAAAAAUGCCAAAAAAAGAAAGCCUGCAUCACCGAAGAUUGGAGCCACCAAACCCAAAUUACAGAAGAUGUCACCCAAACCCAAGACAAACUUGAAACCAAGGAAGAGAGUUCAGAAGUUAAAAAGCCCAGAAUGAGUUUCCUACUUGCACUGAGUAGUGGGUUAUUGGUUUUUUUCUUUUGUUUUAAUUUUACCUUAUUACAGUACCAUUUAGCUUUUUCAUCUUUUGUAUAUUUGUUUAAACAAACAUCUAUAGUGCUAGCUUGAAAAAGUUUUUAAAUCUUAUAUGUAGAAUGUACGGUUUAGUAUGAUUUUACAAAAGUUUCAGUGUUUUGGCAUUUCUUUGCACAUUCUUGCAUUCAGCUAUUUUGUAUAAACUUGAAUAAAAAGGAAAUAAUGUCUGUGUA